AUGGCUGAAGUUGAGACGCCUCAGCCCGUGCCUGGCCCAGUCUCCGACGAAAACGCCGCACCCUCUUCGGACGAGAUCAAGACUGUUUUCCACGACGUGAACAACUUCAACGUCAAACACCCUCUUCUCAACAGCUGGAGCCUUUGGUUCACCAAGCCGCCUUCAUCGAAAGGAGACAACUGGAACGACCUUCUGAAGGAGGUAAUCACAUUUGACACAGUGGAAGAGUUCUGGGGAGUUUAUAAUAAUAUUACGGCAUGUUCUGACCUCAGUCACAAAUCCGACUACCAUCUAUUCAAGAAGGGUGUCCGACCAGAAUGGGAAGAUCCUCAAAACAAACACGGAGGCAGGUGGUCGUACACCUUCAAGGACAAGAAGGCGAUCAAUAACAUCGACGAGCUAUGGCUCCACACGCAGCUUGCAGCAAUUGGCGAAACCCUUGAAGACGAAGGAGACAAUGAGAUCAUGGGGGUCGUUGUCAAUGUGAGAAAGACAUUCUACAGAAUUGGAUUGUGGACUCGAACCACAGGAAAAGGUGGCAGUAAGGACACAUUGAUGAAGAUUGGCCAACGGUUCAAGGAGGUUCUGCAAAUCCCCGCCAGUGAAUACGUCGACUUUUCUGGUCAUACCGAUGCAGCGCACGCCGGCAGCACGAGGGCAAAGACAAAGUAUACUGUGUGA